GUUGACGCCUGGAACGCUAGCAUGAACACUCCUCUCGAGCAGGAGGAUCCAGAAAUCUUCAACUUGAUUCAGAAGGAGAAGUACCGCCAAUUCUCAGGACUUGAAUUGAUCGCUUCUGAGGUAAGUCUUGUGCAUCAGACAGGAAUAAUAUAUAUAAAAGAGAGGGAAGACGUGAAGGGUAGAAGGAAAUUGGUCACAUAAGUGCAAAGUUUAAAAGUAAAUGCUUUAUAUGAUAUACAACUUUGUCAAACAGAACUUUACCUCUCAGGCUGUCAUGGAGGCCAACGGAUCUCCCUUGACCAACAAGUACUCAGAAGGUCUUCCCGGUGCCCGUUACUAUGGUGGUAAUGAGUACAUUGAUCAGAUCGAGGAGCUGUGCCGCAAGCGUGCCCUUGACGCUUUUGGUCUCUCGGCUGAAGAGUGGGGAGUCAAUGUCCAGCCUUACUCUGGAAGCACUGCCAACUUUGCUGCCUUGACUGCCAUGAUCCAGCCUCAGGACCGCAUUAUGGGUCUUGACCUCCCCUCUGGUGGUCACUUGACUCACGGCUAUCAAACUGCCAAGAAGAAGAUCUCAGCCACUUCGAUUUACUUUCAAUCGAUGCCAUACCAAGUUAAUUCUACUACUGGCCUUAUUGAUUUGGACAGACUUGAGGAGAAUGCCAAGCUCUUCCGUCCCAAAGUACUUAUCUGUGGUGCUUCUGCUUACCCUCGUGAGUGGGAUUACGCCCGUUUCCGCAAGAUUGCUGACCAGCAUGGCGCCUACCUCAUGUGCGACAUGGCCCAUAUUUCGGGUCUUAUUGCCGGCCAAGAGGCUGAGUCGCCCUUCAAGUACUGCGAUGUCGUCACCACCACCACCCACAAGACCCUCCGCGGUCCUCGUGCUGGUCUGAUCUUCUUCCGCAAGAACAAGGAUGCUAAAGUUGAGAAGGGCGAGGACCUUGAAAGCCGAGUUAACCAAGCUGUGUUCCCUUCCAUUCAGGGUGGCCCUCACAACAACACCAUUGCUGCAAUUGCUGUCGCUCUCAAGCAGGCUGCAAGCCCCGAAUUCAAGCAAUAUGCUAAGCAGGUCAUUGCCAACUCCAAAGCUCUUGCUGCUACCCUUCUCAAACAUGGAUACAAGAUUAUCACAGAUGGUUCUGAUAACCACUUGAUUCUCUGGGAUCUUCGCCCAAACAAGCUUACCGGAUCCAAGGUUGAGCGAAUCUGCGACAUGGUCUCAAUCACGCUCAACAAGAACUCUGUCUGCGGAGAUGUUUCUGCUGUUACCCCUGGUGGCGUUCGUCUCGGUGCUUCUGCAUUGACUUCGCGUUCCUUCAAGGAGGACGACUUUGUCAAGGUCGGUGAGUUCCUUCACCGUACUGUUCAGAUCGCCCUUACUGUCCAGACCAAGGCUGGCAGCAAGUUGAUGAAAGACUUUGUUGCAGCUUUGGAGGGUAACGAGGAGAUUGCUCAGCUCCGCAAAGAAGUUGAGGCCUUCGCCACUAGCUUCCCCUUCCCUGGCUUUGAUCCUUCCAACCUUACUCCCAACCACUAAAGAGGCGGUCAGUUUAUAUAGGCCUUGCCUCGAUCGUCUUGAGUUCCUAACACAGAAUGGUUUAUUUCUUAUUAUUACUAUUGACAAGUUUUGAUAAGAGGCGUAUGCUCAACCAUUCCCCUUUUCAAUUCCUUUAUCGCUUUUUCACUUUUUUACAUUUUAUUUUCUGUGUUAUCAAGACGUGCAUAUUAUCUUUUAUCUCAAAAAAAAAAAAAAAAAAAAAAAAA